GUGUCAGUUAACAUGGAGGAGAAACAGAGCCGUGCCGACACAGAUUUCUCACAAGACCCUGGAGUGGCAGGAGGACAACAAGGUGCCCCGGGUGAUCAAGACCCAGAGAAAAAUCAAAGCCGACAAUUGACUGAACAGAGCCGGUUUGCUUUUGCUGCACUGUGUGGGGUCUCUUUGGGCCAGCUGUUUGCUGGUUCUGAAAACAUUGAGUUUAGGGAGCAGUACUUGAAAGGGUUGGUCCGCUGGCUGGACCUGGAUGAGUCGGUGAUGCCAGUUAUGGGGGCUUUCUUGUCCGGUCUGGGCUUCGAGGGCUCCGACACCUUUCUCUCCAUCCUACAGGCGGAUCAGCUGCUGGCAGCAGGAGCUACUCCAAUUAUACAGGAUCUGGUGUCUUUUUCUGUCAAAGAUGGCCAGUAUGACGCCAGAGCGAGGGUCCUGAUCCGUCAUGUCAGCUGUUUGCUUCGGGUCACUCCACAGCAGCUGGAGGAGUUCGAGGAAACGUUGGGAGAAAAGCUGAAGGAAGCAGGAGAGGAGAGCGAAGAGGAGUCGUCUAGGCGGCUGAAGCGAGAAAGAGGGCGAAAGUUUCGGCGUUACCUCCUCAUCGGAUUAGCCACAGUGGGUGGAGGGACCGUGAUCGGUGUGACAGGUGGACUGGCUGCACCUCUGGUGGCAGCUGGAGCCGGCGCUGUGCUGGGGGCCGGUGGUGCUGCUGCUCUGGGAUCUGCUGCUGGCAUCGCAAUAAUGGCCUCUCUGUUUGGAGCAGCAGGAGCCGGGCUGACUGGAUAUAAGAUGAAUAAGUGUGUUGGAGCGAUAGAAGAAUUUAAAUUCCUGCCGCUGAACUCUGGGAAGCAUCUUCACCUGACUAUUGCAGUGACAGGUUGGCUCUGUAGUGGAAAAUACAGUUCGUUCCAGGCUCCGUGGUGCAGUUUGGGUGAGUGCGGAGAGCAGUACUGUCUGGUGUGGGAGUCCCGUUUCCUCAGGGCUCUGGGCUCAGCCAUGACGUCUCUGCUGGACGGACUGGUCAGCAUGAUGGCUCAGGAAGCCCUGAAGUACACGGUGCUCUCAGGUAUUGUAACAGCUCUGACAUGGCCCGCGUCUCUGUUGGCUGCAGCCAGCGUUAUUGACAACCCCUGGUGUGUUUGUCUGAACCGCUCGGCUGAGGUGGGGAAGCAUCUGGCACAAGUUUUGAGAAGCAGGCAGCAGGGGAAGCGGCCCGUCAGCCUCAUCGGUUUUAGUCUUGGAGCUCGAGUUAUCUACUACUGCCUGCAGGAGCUCGCCAGUGAUAAAGGUAGUGAAGGUGUAGUGGAGGACGUGGUUCUCCUGGGAGCUCCAGUAGACGGCUCAGAGAAGUCCUGGAACAAAAUGGCGAAGGUGGUUGCUGGAAAGAUAGUGAAUGGUUACUGCAGAGGGGACUGGCUGCUGGGCUACUUGUACCGCAGCUCGGCUGCACAGCUGUCUGUCGCUGGGCUGCAGCCAAUCAACAUUCAGGACCGGCGCAUAAUCAAUGUGGAUCUUUCUUCGGUGGUGAAAGGUCACUUGGACUACAUGCGUCAGAUGGACACCAUCCUGGUGGCAGUAGGAGUCCCCACCAAAGAAGUCCCAGGAGCAUCCUUUGUCCUGCCCAAGUCUGUAAAGAUUACAGAGGGAACUGUGGCCCAUCCCGUCCAAAGCAACCAGCAUGUGCACGGGACACAAACCCAUACGGUCAACACGUCUACAGAGGAGGUUAGGACGGUGGUGUCCAAGACAGAGGACGCAGGUGAUGGUUGGGAUAUCCCUGAUAUAUCGGAUCUGCUGGACUCAUUAGACGAGACAGAACCGAUCACUAACAGUGCGUCUCUUACCGGUGAGGAGGACGCCACUGAUAACACAUCCUCAGAGUUUAAAACGCGGCAUGGCAGCGGGCAGGACCUGGAUAACGAGCACGUUUCUUGGAGCUGGAGUGAUACGAACUGGACCGAAGAGCACCUGCACCAACAAAAUUAG